GGUUAAUGUAGUAAUAUUUAAUCAUAGAAGUUGACUUGAUGUUCUUCUACUUAAAAUAAAAUAGUUAGUAGGAAAAAUACAAACUCAGCCACUAUUUGAAUUCUCUAGAGAAUCUAAGAAUUACGGUUUACUAAUAUAUAAUAGUGUGAGCUUAAGCUUCCAAUAAAAAAUAUAUUUUGAUAUUAUUAUUAAACUAAUAUAUAUGAUUAGUGGACAUUCUUGUAUGAAAAAGCCAUAAAAGCUAAGCCGGUCCAAUUAGUUUCUCACUUAACUACUACAACUAGCAUAAGCAUAAGAACAAGCAUAAGAGAGAGAUUUUCUUCCUAUAUUUGAAGUCUGGUCGUCACUUUCACGCGGACACAAAUAGAUAGCUCAUCUCCAUCGAACAAUUCUCCAGACCCUAAUUAUCUCUAUUUAUUCCUUUUUAAUAUUUUUUUUAGUUCUCUCUAAUUCUCAUCCCAGUUGAGAAGACGGAGGAAAAGGAGGAUUGAGUUUUUUCUUUUUAUGAAGCUUUUCAGUUAAGAAAUUCAGUGAUAAAGGGCAAAAAAAAAAAAAGAGUUGUCUUUUCCGGAUUUGCUUUUGGCUACGCGGUUUUAUCUUGUGGCGAAUUGAGUAUGAAACUCGAACAUGUUAUAGCCUGGCAGUAAGUAAGUCUGUUAAUUUGCUUUGAAGAGUGGCGUUUCUGUGUUUGAUUUCGUCUCUGAGUUACAAAAAAGAGAAAGAGAACAGAGAAAAGUUGCACCUUUUUAUUCACUUUUAAGCUCUGCUUUUACCUUUUUCUACCACUGAAAAGCUCAGGGUCUGUCAAAAACCCUGGAAAACUUUUUUCGAAACUGAAAACCCAUUUUACUUUCUUCUAUUCAUAAUCCAGUUUACCCAUAUUUAAAGACAAGGGAAAAAAAAACUCAAAAUAUUCGCUGAUGGGUUUUUGAGUUUUCCUCUGUAAAACAUUUCUGGAAAAGUAACUUCUCUGUUCUGAAUUUGAGUUUGAUUUAUUCCCAAUUCAAGCCCUCACCACUGAAAUUGUUUUAAUCUGAUACAAACCCACUUUAGAAAAGACCUUAAAAAUCCAAUUUUGUAUCUCUAUUACUCUUUUAUUGUCUGGGUUUCUGAAAAAGAAAGGAAAAAAAAAAAAGGUUCAUUUUUUUUAUCUUUUGGGGGUGUUGAAGAUGCAAGACCCUGCAACAUUCGAGCCCAUCAAAACCAAUUUUCCAGAGCAAGAAACUCUGAAAUGUCCAAGAUGUGAGUCCAUGAACACCAAAUUCUGCUACUACAAUAACUAUAAUCUUUCACAGCCUCGUCACUUCUGCAAGAAUUGCCGGAGGUACUGGACCAAAGGGGGUGCUCUUAGGAACAUUCCGGUUGGUGGUGGGAGCCGUAAGAAUACAAAGAAAUCUUCCAAUCCAAAGCGAUCCACACCAACAUCUUCCUCAUCCCUCACAAGCUCAUCGACCCAGAACCCGGAUCCACAACCCGAAUCGACCCGAGUUUACGGUUCUCCUGUUGAUCAAGACCGUCGGUUGCUAGACCUCCCAGGAAGUUUCAGCUCACUGCUCACGUCAAAUGGGCAAUUUGGAGGCAUCAUGGAGGGGAUAAACCCAAACGGGUCGGGUGCCAAAAUGGGGCGGGUGAGGGAAGCUGUACAUUCGGGUCCUGAGCUGAAUUCUGAUUCGGGUCAGAGCUUGGGGAUAGAGGUGCAGAGCAGUAGCAAUUCAGAGAGCUAUUUGAGUCUUCAAAAUGGGGAUUCCAACUGUUGGGGAGGAGGACAUGAGUGGCCAGACCUUGCCAUUUACACUCCAGGUUCAAGUUUUCAGUAGAAAUAAAUAAAGAAAAAAAAAAGAGGAAAAAGAGUUUGCUUUUGCUUAAAAUAUCUUUUUUCUUUUACUACUUAGAAACUACAAUGGUUAAGUAUAUUGGAGCCAAAAAAAAAAAAAGAAUGGCUCAAAGUUUUAAUUGUAGUAUUUAUAUUAUUCUCUAAUGCUAUAGAGUGUGAGACAUUACCAAAAUGUCAUGCCAUCCCAUACCAUAUCAUUAUCCUUUGUUCUUUUGAGUGGUUUUUCUUUGUAUGAUGUAUGUUAUAUAGAUUUAUAUAUAGCCUACACAAUAUAAUUCUGAUGCUAAUUUGUGCUUUAUUUUA